AUGACAAAGAAUUUAAAAUCUCCAUUAACGUCUUCAGAAUCUGAAACAUGUAUUUCACAGUCUUUGAAUGAUAUUGUUUUACCAGAUGCAACAGAGAGUACAUCAUUAAUACAAGAACUGGCAUCAACAAAUACAGGCAUGCUAAUACCAGACCUCACAACAGCUGCAGCAGCUUACACGACACAGAUAACAAGUCCAUUUUUAAAUGCUAUGACAAAUGUUUCAAGUCACUCAGAAACAACAGCUCUUGCAAAUAUUAAAAAUAUUGCAAAAAGUAGAAAAACGUCUGUAGCAGCAACACAAGAGUUUCUCACAAUAAAAGCUACAGAACGUUUGUUACCUACAGACCACAUGACAAGUAAUGCCAACUCUCCAUCUGUAACACCGAUAAAAAAAUUCUGUGCUUAUCACAUGACACUGCCACCUGUUGUACGUCGAGGCAAGUCAGUUGCACAAAUGUUGAUUAGAGCUUCAACCUGCAUGACAUCUUCAUCAAAUACAGUAGCAAACAAGACGGUAUCAAACAGCAUAGAACAAUUGACGUCUCGUCUAACAGCACCAGCUGUACCACAAACUAAUGACCCGACUGCGCCCUGGACAACAUCAUCCAAACCUCAAAUAAUGUCGGGUUCAACACAUAGCACGACUUCAGCUUCAAAUGUAGCACCAUACACGAAUUUAAUGUUACCACCACAAAACAUUCCUUUGACAUUGUCGUUGGCACCGUACACCACUGUGCAAUCGGCACCACAAUUCUCAGCGCCAUCGCAAGCCGUUUAUGCAUCGCCUCUGACUGCCAUCAUGACAACACAAGCCUCCACGUUUGUGCCAACCCCUCAGGCGACAUCAUUGGGUGCUACAUUUAUGUCAUCUCCUGUACCGACAUACUUGCUGUCUUCAUCAUUGAGCAGCAUGGCAGUUCCAACAGCCACACAGUCUGAGGUAAAUCUAGUCCCGUAUACAACAGACAUGAUAACACCAGCAGGCAUGUAUCCCCGAUCAACAGAGGAAACACACUUGGAUACUUCGAGUUCUCACUUCAAAACACCAACUGCUAAACGAAAAAUAGCUCCAAAAGCUAAUUUAAAAACACCAGAUAUAGAUAGAAAAACACCAGAUAUAGAUAGAAAAACACCAGAUGUAGAUAGAAAAACACCAGAUGUAGAUAGAAAAACACCAGAUAUAGAUAGAAAAACACCAGAUGUAGAUAGAAAAACACCAGAUAUAGAUAGAAAAACACCAGAUGUAGAUAGAAAAACACAAGAUAUAGAUAGAAAAACACCAGAUGUAGAUAGAAAAACACCAGAUAUAGAUAGAAAAACACCAGAUGUAGAUAGAAAAACACCAGAUAUAGAUAGAAAAACACCAGAUAUAGGAAAAACUAGGAAAAGAACAUAUUCAAAACGAAACAUGAACGUUUAUUGA